AUGAGAAACAAGAUUGCUCGUCUAAAAGCUUACUUUAUCGUCCCAUUUGGUCGGAAUGAAAACUUUGUUGGCAGAGAUGCCAUCUUAGUACAACUUCUCGAAAGGAUUCCCCCGAGUGCUUAUAAAGACACCUGCCAAAAGACAGCCAUCGUCGGCCUCGGAGGGGUUGGCAAGACACAGGUUGCUAUUGAAGCCGCCUAUCGCGUUCGCGACGCACACCCCGACUGUUCUGUGUUCUGGGUGCCGGCUGUCGACACGGUGAUGUUUGAGAACGCAUAUCGCGAUAUCGGUCGAGCGCUUAGCAUCCACGGCAUCGAAGAUGACGAAGCGGAUGUCAAAGGGUUGGUUAAAGCCGCCCUAGAACGGGAUGGUAAUAGGAGUUGGCUUCUCGUUAUCGAUAACGCCGACGACAUGGAGUUGCUCUUUACCAACUCCAAGUUAGCAAAGUAUUUUCCCUCUAGCAGAAAGGGCUCUAUUCUGCUUACGACUCGUAACGAGCAGGCGGCAACAAGAUUUAGCCGUGGUCGCCCUCUAUACUUACGGGAGAUGGGCAGCAUAGACGCCACUCAACUCCUACAUAGUGGACUAGACGAAAGCCAGAUCAGCGACACUCGGAUCACUACAGAGCUGCUAGGGCAUCUCGCUUAUCUACCUUUAGCUAUCCGACAAGCAUCAGCAUAUAUGGCUUCGAACAAGAGUGUGACGGUGUCUAAAUAUCUCAGGUAUUGUAAGGAUAGUGAUGAGAAACUAGUGGGAUUGCUCAGCAAGGACUUUGAAGACGAAGAUCGAUACGACAAUAUCCAGAACCCAGUGGCCAAGACAUGGCUAAUCUCGUUUGAGCAUAUCUCAAGGGACAACCGGCUAGCAGCAGAGUACCUCGGCUUUCUAUGCUACCUCGCGGAGAAGGACAUCCCCCUAGCUCUUUUGCCGCCUAGUGAGGAUGGGAUAGACACCGAUAACGAUAUGGCGGCGGAAGAAGCAAUAAGCAUGCUAAUGGCCUACGCGUUCAUCCAGGAGCGGGACACUAAGGGAAGGAUUGAUAUUCAUCGACUAGUGCGCUUGGUGAUGCGCAACUGGGUAAGGGAGAAAGGAGAGGAAGAGGAGCAAGUGACAGAGACGAUUUACUGGCUUAGCGAGAGGUUUCCAUGGCCGGAUCACGAGAAUAGGGCAGUGUGGAUGACGUACUUGCCGCAUGCGCAAGCGGCACUUCGAUUCCAGGAUUGGUGCACAGACGAGGAAGCAUUAUGGGAUCUGUUGGCUACUACAGGGCGAAGCAAUGAGCUACUUGGAAAGUAUGGUGAGGCGGAGCAGAUGCAUCGACAGACACUGGAGUUAAUGCAGAAGGUGCUGGGACCUGAAAAUCCCUCCACACUCACCAGCAUGAACAACCUAGCAGGCGUGCUUAAAAGCCAGGGGAAGUAUGAAGAGGCAGAGCAGAUGCAUCGUCAGACACUGGAGUUGAGUCAGAAGGUGGUAGGACUCGAUAAUCCCUCCACACUCACCAGCAUGAACAACCUGGCACUCGUGCUUAAAAGCCAGGGGAAGUAUGAAGAGGCAGAGCAGAUGCAUCGGCAGACACUGGAGUUGAGGCAGAAGGUGCUGGGACUCGAGAAUCCCUCCACACUCACCAGCAUGAACAACCUGGCACUUGUGCUUGAAAGCCAGGGGAAGUAUGAAGAGGCAGAGCAGAUGCAUCGGCAAGAACUAGAGUUAAGUAAGAAGGUGCUGGGACCCGAGAAUCCCUCCACACUCACCAGCAUGAACAACCUAGCAGGCGUGCUUAAAAGCCAGGGGAAGUAUGAAGAGGCAGAGCAGAUGCAUCGGCAGACACUGGAGUUGAUGCAGAAGGUGCUGGGACUCGAGAAUCCCUCCACACUCACCAGCAUGAACAACCUGGCACUUGUGCUUGAAAGCCAGGGGAAGUACGAAGAGGCAGAGCAGAUGCAUCGGCAGACACUGGAGUUGAGGCAGAAGGUGCUGGGACUCGAGAAUCCCUCCACACUCACCAGCAUGAACAACCUGGCACUUGUGCUUGAAAGCCAGGGGAAGUAUGAAGAGGCAGAGCAGAUGAAUCGGCAGGCAUUGAAACUAUAUAAGAAGGUGCUGGGACCCGAGAAUCCCUCCACACUCACCAGCAUGAACAACCUGGCAGGCGUGCUUGAAAGCCAGGGGAAGUAUGAAGAGGCAGAGCAGAUGCAUCGGCAAGAACUAGAGUUAAGUCAGAAGGUGCUGGGACCCGAGAAUCCCUCCACACUCAGCAGCAUGAACAACCUGGCACUUGUGCUUGAAAGCCAGGGGAAGUAUGAAGAGGCUGAGCAGAUGAAUCGGCAGGCAUUGGAACUAUAUAAGAAGGUGCUGGGACCCGAGAAUACAGACACACUCACCAGCAUGAACAACCUGGCACUUGUGCUUGAAAGCCAGGGGAAGUACGAAGAGGCAGAGCAGAUGCAUCGGCAGACACUGGAGAUGAGGCAGAAGGUGCUGGGACUCGAGAAUCCAGACACACUCAUCAGCAAAAAUAACCUGGCACUUGUGCUUGAAAGCCAGGGGAAGUAUGAAGAGGCAGAUCAAUUAUGUCGGAAGUCACUGGCGCUAAGGGUGGGACAAAGAGAUGCAUUCCACGGCAGUGGCAGCGCGAACCAGUACGGGCCACCUGAAGAUUAUGUGUCGUACAUACACUCUCCGGCUUCCCACACACAUCAGUAA